AUGUCGCGGAGGAAACAGCCCAAACCUCAGCAGCACCUCCCGUCUGAUCAUUCACCUGGACACACAGAAGAUGCCCCUCUCGGUCCGGACCCCCCCCCUGCCGUGGAUCUCUCUGUCUGCAGUCGCUGCUGUGCUGAGUUUAGCUCUCUGUCAGACCUGGAACGACAUCAAACACUCUGCUCCCCAAAUCCUCCGGUGCUGAUAGUGAAUGAGGACGAGGAUCUGCUGUCCUGCAGCAAAACUCUCCCUGCAGCCUCACCAGCGGCCGGCCCAGCGGGGGGGCCAGGUCCAACGGUUAUUGACUCUGAGAACUUCAACCCCCCACCCCAGGACAGAUCCAAAGACAGUGCAGGAGUCAUGGAUUGUUUCAGCAGCACGAGAACCAACGGUGGUGUUGAAAGCUCAGGAAGCAGCAGCAGUAACCGGGACACUGUCCUCUGGACGUCAGCGUCUGAACCUCGUGGAUGCUUGUGGAUGAAGACCAACGUCAUCAUUGAGAACCUGGAGAGCACUAAAGUGGCUGUGGCUCAGUUUUCUCAGCAGACUCCCUCAAAGAGACGCCGGGGAGAGACGGUCGUCUCGUCUCUGCUGCAGCAGCUGCUCCACCUGCAGAUACAACAGCUCCAUCAGCUGCAGCUGAUCGAUCAGAUCCGCCACCAGGUCCUGAUGUGUGCCGCUCACAGAGCCCUGACAUCCGAGACCCCACUGGUCUGCACCAGAGGCCCGUCAUCCUCAGUGUCCACCAAUCAGCUAACAGCUCUCAGCACUCACCUGUCUCAGCAGCUGGCUGCAGCUGCUGGGAUCGCCAGAUGUCUUUCCACUCAGUCCGCUAACAUGAAGCAGUUUACAGCCACGGAGCAGCUGGAUCCAAGUCCAGAUGUUCUGUCAACCUCUGUCAAUGACCUCAUGACUUCAGCUGCUCAUAAACUUCUUUCCAACAACACACCUAAGCCCAGUGGAUCGUCUGACCCCCCACUGGGACUCCUAUCCCAAACCAAGAUGACUUCUGUGACGUUUAGCAAUAAUCGCUUCAUCAGGAAGUCUUCAGAGAGCUCCGAGCACGCCGCCUCACACUCUGUACCGAACAUCAGAGCCAUUGUGGAGGAUCUGGAUGCUCUGGCAGCUUUAGCUCGACAGAGGGGAAGCAGGAAUCUGUCACUCUCUGAAGCCACGCUGACUUCUAAAGAGGCUUUUCUCAAACGCAAGUGCAGAUUUUGCGGGAAAGUCUUUGGGAGCAACAGCUCCUUACAGAUUCACCUGCGAUCUCACACUGGAGAACGACCGUAUAAAUGCAACGUGUGUGGGAACCGGUUCUCCACCCGGGGGAACUUAAAAGUUCAUUUUCAGAGGCACAGAGAGAGGUAUCCACACAUCCAGAUGAACCCGUACCCUGUUCCAGAACAUCUGGACAACAUCCAAACCAACAGAAGGAUUCCUCACAGUGUGCCCUCGUUACCGGAGGAAGAAGCUGCGAGGUGGCUCGACAGGUCGCCAUCCUCAACUGCCAUUACCUCUGGAGUGGAAAAGUCAGACACAACCAACCGGUUUCCUCUCAUCAAACAAGAGGAGCAGUCGAUCUCAGAGCAAGUACCUCUUUCUCAAGGUGAUCUUCACUUUGAUUCAGCAGCAGGUAACGACUUCCAGUCAACAGCAAACCCCACAAAGACUCCCGACUCACCUGAGACGGGACUACAAAGAACGACCAAUCUUAAAAGUGAAGAUGUAAAACCGUCUUUUAACUUUGUCUCUAAAAAGGUGACAGCCAAGUCUCCCAAACCCUUCACCUGUCCAAUGUCUACCUCAGUUUCAGAAUACCUUUCAUUACAAAGCUCUGAAAACCUCAAACUGCAGCUGCAUUCAGGGACCACUGACAAAACGAUGUCAGACCCAAAUGAGUGUCUCGUCUGCCACCGGAUCCUCAGCUGUCAGAGCGCCCUCAGGAUGCAUUAUCGGACUCACACGGGGGAGCGACCCUACCAGUGUAAACAGUGCAGCCGAGCUUUCACCACUAAAGGAAACCUGAAGACACAUCAGGCUGUUCACCGUGCACCAAUACCACUGAGGUACAACUCCUGUCCCAUCUGCCAGAGGAAGUUUACAAAUGCCGUGGUCCUGCAGCAGCACAUACACAUGCACAUGGACAGUCACAUACCCAAAGUAAAUCAGAGGUACAGCCUGGAGUCUGAUGAAGAAUUCAAACACAAAGUGAGUCACAAGAAGAACCUUCUGGAUGAUAGUGAUGAAGGUUUCUGUGAGAACAGAUUGUCUAGAUUCAAAUCCUGGUUAUUCCAUUUGUCCCCAUCAUCGUUUGGUAAAAGUCUAAUUGAUGCUAAGAAGAAGAGAAGUUCCCCAAGGUCACAUGAGGAGCUGCAGCUCAAAUGGAUCAAGACAGAGAGUCCAGAAGAACCAACUGAGGAACGUAGUCAAACAGACAACCGACAGGCGGCAGACAGGGAUCAGCUAACCAGCACAGUCCCCGUAUCUGACAGUUCUCCCAAUGACCAGACCUCGCUGUGCUUUAAAAUUCGGUCAAACCUUGAUGAACCUGUCCAGGUGUGGCCCACCUCCACCACGUCGACGCUCCGUGCAUCUGUUGCAGCACCGACUGACCUGAAGAUGUUUAACCACGCCGCGGAUUCUCCGAGCUUGAUCCAAAACCUCAGAGAAAAGGGGACGUUCAAGAACACCUUCUGCGAUAUCUGUGGGAAGAUCUUUGCCUGUCAGAGUGCCUUAGAUAUCCACUAUAGAAGCCACACCAAGGAGAGACCAUUCAUCUGUAUGACCUGCAACAGGGGCUUUUCCACCAAGGGGAACCUCAAGCAGCACAUGCUCACUCAUCAGAUGAGGGACUUCCCACCGCGACUCUUCGAACCCUCCAAUCCAAACCAGGCGUCCAACCUUAACAACCUCGUGUUACCAGCUGGAUCACCUGAGACGACCGCUCUCCUGAGGUCUUCUGUUACCUGGAGUCACCCCUCUGUUUAUGCCGGUCCUCCACCUCGCCGGAUGCCCAGACAACACCACUGUAACACCUGUGGGAAGAGCUUCUCCUCGUCCAGUGCUCUGCUGAUCCACGAGAGGACUCACACCGGGGAGAGGCCGUUCGCCUGCUCCGUCUGUGGACGAGCGUUUACCACCAAAGGAAAUCUGAAGGUCCACAUGGGGACUCACAUGUGGAGCAGCGCCCCCAGCAGGAGAGGCCGCAGACUGUCAGUGGACAGACUGUCGCUGGGGUUCAGGACUCAUCCAGUUAGACUUCCUGUGCCGCCUCAGAAGAGUCCAGAUCUGGUCCCCAGCAGCAGAGAGUCCGUCAGAGAGCUUCUGUCUGCAGGUCUGAAGGUGAACCAAGGCUCCGCCCUCCUCUCAGAACAGGUAGGACUGAAGGAGAGCACACCUGCAGACAGCUCAGGUGUUCGUCUCAGUAAAGACCACUAA